AUGGGGGCCUGGCUAUUUACGUUUGCGUUUGUGAUAAACACGAUAAACACGUUCAUGCAAGUUCACUUUACUAUUAUGUAUGCAGACCUGGAGGCGGAUUAUAUCAAUCCCAUUGAGCUAUGUUCAAAGGUGAAUAAUUUGAUCACGCCUGAGGCGGGGUUGCAUGCUUUUAAUUCGUUAUUGUUUCUUUUGAAUGGGUAUUGGUUCGUGUUUUUAUUGAAUGUUCCUGUUCUUUUCUUCAAUGGGAGGAAGAUUUAUAAUAAGCUACAGUUGCUUGAUGCGACGGAGAUCUUCCGGACGUUGGGGAAGCAUAAGAGGGAGUCAUUUUUAAAACUAGGGUUUUAUUUGGUCAUGUUCUUUUUCUAUCUAUAUAGGUUGGUUAUGGAGUUGAUCGCUGAGAAUGAUUGA